AUGGAAACAGAAAAUAAUAAUAUUGAAGGAAAUGUGGUUGCAACCACAACAGUAGUUGAAAAAGUUCAAGAAGAACAAACUACAACAACAGCAAUGAAUACACAAAAAGUCGAAACUACAACAACAGCAUCAACUACAGAAGACAAUAAAGAAUCAAUUAAUCAACCAACUGAUAAUACAAAUGAAGAUGAUAUUUCAAAUAAAUUACAUCAUAAAAAAAUAAUGUUGGAAGAGGAUGAUGAGGAUGAUGAGGAUGAUGAAAUUCUUAGUACACAAAUACCAGUAGUAAACUCAACUUCACAAGAGAAUAAUAAUGGUGGUGAAUUAAAAGAAAAAACUGAUAAAGUAGGUGGUGAAGAUAAUGCUGAAAAAGAAGUAUCACCACCACCACCACCAACUACUACAACCACUACAACCACUACAACCACUACAUCUGAUUCAAAUCAAGAAAAUAAAAAUGAAGAAGGUGAAGAAGAAGAGGAUGAAGAAGAAGAGGUUGAAGAAGAAGAAGUUGAGGGUGAUAAAAAAGAAACUAAAGAAGAAAGAAGAGAAAGAAAGAAAGCAAAGAAAGAAGCUAAAAAAGCAAAGAAAGAGGCUAAAAAAGCAAAGAAAGAAGCAAAGAAAUUAGCAGAGAAUGAAGAGGAAGGUGGUAAUAAUAGUAAUAGUAAUAGUAAUAAUAAUGAUAAUGAAAAUGAAGGUGUAGAAGUUUCAAAAACUACAGGUGAUGUUGAUUUUGAUGAAGAGACAACAGAACAAACUGAACAAGAUGGUGAAGAUGGUGAAGAGAAAAAACCAAAAAGAUUAGGUAGAAAGAAAUCAAAGAAAUCACAUAGCACCACAACCACUACAGAUGAUAAAGAGGAUGAUGUAUUUGAUGAGGAGAUGACUGCAUCACAAGAGGAACCAAAGAAAAAGAGAAAGAAAGAUGAAGAUGAAGAUUAUCAAGAUGAAGAGGAAGAACAACCACAAGAAAACAAUGAAAAUGAAAAUGAAAAUGGGGGUGAAGAAGAUGAAGAUUACAGUAGUGGUGGUGGUAGUAAAAAGAAGAAGAGAAAGUCAUCAAAGAAAGAACCAAAAGAACCAAAAGAACCAAAAGAACCAAGAAAGAAAAAGAAAGAAUCAAAUGAAAAUUCAUUCUCAAAAGAUUUAGGUAAAAGAAAUAUUCAAAGAAAGAUCGAUGUUGGUAAAGUUAUAGAGAGUGAGAAACCAGCAGUCAUUGAUUUAAUCGAUAGAAUGAAUAUCGCUUUCCAAGAGGAUAAUGUUGCAAACAAACAAAAGAAACCAGCACUCAAUAAAACCAAAUUAUUACCAGAGGUGGAUGCAAUGUUAUCAAAGAAAAUUCUUCAUUCAACUUGUAUUUCCAAUGGUAUCUUUGAUGUUAUCUCUGAAUGGUUAAAACCAUUACCAGAUGGUAGUCAACCAAAUCAUAAAGUCAAGGAGGUCCUUUUGAAGGGUCUAUUUGAUCUUCCACCUCCAUCAAGUGAAAUGGAAUGUACUCCAAGAAUUGGUAGAGCCAUCACCCUUAUCAAACGUUCGGAGACUGAAACACCAUCCAUUAAAAAGUUGGCAUAUGAUAUCUUUGAUAAAUGGACUCGUCCUUCUCAAAUUAGACAAGAGUUUAAUGAUGUGCAUGUUGAUCAAAAACAAAUUCAGUCACCAUUACAUUCAAGCGCCAAUGGUGAUGAUAAUUUACAACUCUUAUCAAAGAAAUAUACUGAUUAUUUACCUGAACAUAUUAAACAUGCAACUGGUUGUAAAAAAGUUACUUUAGAUUAUGUUAAUAGACCAAUUAAUAGUGGUAUUAAUCAACAUAGACCAGUUGAUUCUCCAGUUAGAACAAUCAAUAGAAUCGAUAAAGAAAUUGCAUCAAAAUUAAAGAAAACAACAUAUAAAGGUUCACCUCGUGCUCACAAUAUUAGUGUUGAAGGUCGUCGUAUGUUCUCUUAA